AUGUCGGCCACCGUCAAGACCAGCUCGCCUCGACUGCUCACUGUGAGCGUUGACAUUGACAACCACUACAAGUCAAAGAUCUACACAACCGCCUCCAAGGUCUCUGGGAAUGUCAUCAUCCGCGCCCAGCAAGACGUCGCCUUUACCGAUGUCGAUAUCCAGUUCCUCGGCAUCGCUUCGUCCCGUCUCGACUUCGUCAGUCACUACCUCUCGCACUCCAUCCGCACAUUCUUGAACCUUCCCAUGCCGGUUCCUGAGAAUGAUCUCCCGAGCCCCCGCAUCUUCCAAGCGGGCCGAACCUACGUGAUCCCCUUUGAAUUCGUGGUCCCCUCCCAGCUCACCCUUCACGCAUGCACCCACCAUACCGACAGUCCAGAUGUCAAGGACCGCCACCUGCAGCUCCCGCCCUCUGUCAACACUUGGGAGGCAGAUGACCUGAGCCCGGAUCCCACCAUUAUCGAGUAUGUCGUCAAGGCCAAGAUCUCGCAGAAGGGCGAGAAGGAACCCUAUGAAGCUAGCCAGGCCAUUAAUGUCCUCCCGGCCUUCCCCGAGGAGCCUCCAGUUCACAUCACAUCAGGCGAUAUUCACUACUGCCCGUCCAAGGAGAAGCCUGUCCGCAAGAACUUCUUCACAAGCAACUUGGGCACUCUCCGUGUCUCUGCACGCCAGCCCCGCGCGAUCAUGCUUGCCGCUGACGGGCGUUCGUCAUCUGCCUCUUCUGCACACGUGGAGCUUGAGUUCUACCCAUCGAAGGACUCCCAGACAAAGCCACCCGAGAUCCAUUCCGUGAGUGGGAAGCUCGUAGCUGAGAGUUGGUGGGGCGGUUCUAUCCAGGCCGGGCUCCCAAACAUGGGCAAGCGAUGCGUCACCCAUUUCCCCAUCUACAGCAAGGCGGUUCCUCUCUUCAGCCGUCGCACUGGCAAGCUAUCUUGGUCGGGCUACGAGUCGGGCCCGCACAGGAGGACCUCAGAGAGCAGCAAUUCUUCGGUCGAUUCCUUCAGCAUGGGGCUCGGGCCUGAUUCCAUCAGCACCAGCAACGAAUCGACCCCGUGCAGCAGCAGGAGGAACAGCUGCUUUGUCGCGGAGCAGCAGCCCGCGUAUCGUGCCAAGAUCAACGCGCCAUUCUCACUUCCCAUGUCGAACAAGAAGGUGUUCCUGCCUUCCUUCUAUACCUGCAACCUGUCCCGGACGUACAGCCUUGAACUGACCAUCGUUACUGGGUCCGCUAAGCGAUCGUCCACGACAUUAUGCCUUCCUUUGCAAAUUGGAGUCGAACCGUCCGCUGCUGCUUUAAUUGCUCUUCAGACGGAUGAGCUUCCUAGCUUCGAGACUGCGCUGCUGGUGGGUGAUUCGUUGAGCGCUUUGGCUUUGGAGGAGUCUCAGCGCAGGACAUCCUUGCCCAGCUACGGUGACCGAGUCCAUCGGUUCCAGUGA